AUGGCCAGCAAACUGUCCCUCCUCGUAGUGGUGCUAGCCCUGACAGCGUGCCUCGCCUUUGCCGAAGAAAAGAAACCAGCAGCUGCCGCUCCCGCCGCUGCAGGCCCCAAAGGUGACGAAGGCGCCGCUGAAGGCGAGGAAGGCGUCGAGGGACGCGGUCUUAUCAGGAAACUCGUGGGCCACAUUAAGGGCCACCACCGCAAUAAGCACGGACACGGAGGAGGCAUCGGCGGCGGAUACGGCGGUGGCUACGGAGGAGGCUACGGCGGAGGCUACGGCGGAGGCUACGGCGGAGGCUACGGAGGCGGACACGGCGGUGGCGGUCACAUCGGCGGUGGACACGGAGGAUUCAAGGGGCCCAUUGGCGGAGGACCUGGAAUCGGCCUGGGUGGACAGCACUACGCUCAGGGGUCCAGCCAGGGCUCUUUCAACCAGGGAGCCGAGGGCUUCAAGCAGGGCAGCGGAGGCUACCAAGGUGGAGAGAACUUCCAGAAAGUAAAGGGAUUCAGACAGACCGAGGGCUUCAAGACUGUCGAGGGAUUUGACGAGACCAACUUCAACCGCUACGGCGCCGGCCAGGGAGGCUUCAGCAGCGGGUUCAAGCAAAACGCCGGAGGGCAGUUCAGCCAGCAAGGCUCGCAGGGCGGCAGCUACGGUAGAAGGCGCUAAGCUACAUUUUUUUUUUUUUUUUGGUUUAUGCAGGAGUUCUUUGGAAUGAUCGAUGCGAGGAUAUUCGAACGAGAAAUGUUUUGAGACGACCGAGUUGUAUAUACGAAGCAGUGUGACGAAUGUUGAAUAAAGUGAUAUUUAUUGAA